AUGAGAAAGAAAAACACAAUGGAAAACAGUCCUUGUUUGUUUCUUGUUCUCUUUGUAACCCUUUCACGUUUUGUAGCUCCAAGUCAUGGCAUCAUGAACCAAGGUGAAGCACUUGACAAUCUUUACAAAGCCAAGUUUAGUAGAGAUUCUAGUGUGGACACAAGUCCUUUCGAGGUAAUUGAUACAAACCAAUUUGAGGUAAUGAAUAUGCUUUUAGAUAAAUCAAAGGUUCGUCCUCGUCGGGAGGGAUCAAAAGAGAGAGAUAGAAUCAAAAUGUUGCCUGGACAGCCCCAUGUCAAGUUUUCACAAUAUGGUGGUUAUGUUACUGCUAAUGAAUCUGCUGGUACGGCAUUCUAUUACUAUUUUGUUGAAGCUGAUCGGCAUUCAAAGCAGUCCUUGCCUCUUCUGCUUUGGCUAAACGGAGGCCCGGGUUGUUCAUCACUGGCUUAUGGGGCAAUGCAAGAGCUUGGACCAUUUCGUGUACAUAGCGACGGGAGAACUCUUUAUCAAAACAAAUAUUCGUGGAAUAAAGCUGCCAAUGUUUUGUUUGUGGAGUCUCCUGCUGGGGUAGGAUUUUCGUACUCCAAUGCCACAUCGAAUAAUUAUUAUACUAAUGGAGAUAGACAAACGGCUGCAGAAAAUUACAGGUUCCUUGUAAAUUGGUUAGAGAGAUUUCCUGAAUACAAAAACAGGGAUUUUUACAUAGCCGGAGAGAGCUAUGCAGGACACUACGUGCCUCAGCUUGCACAUAAUGUUCUUUACCAUAAUAAGAAGGCUAAUAGGACUAUCGUCAACCUCAAAGGAAUCAUGAUUGGAAAUGCUGUGAUCAAUGAUGAAACCGAUAAUAAAGGGAUGUAUGACUUCUUCGGAAGCCAUGCUUUAAUUUCGGCUGAGAACUUGCGUAGAAUUCAACACUACUGUAAUUUUUCAAAUGCGAGUAUAUCUAACGAGUGCCAAGCAGCCAUGGGCAAAGCCGAUACAGAUGUUGAGGAUAUUGAUAUUUACAACAUCUAUGGCCCCUUAUGCUUCAAUGGCAAUCUCACAUCCAAGCCCAAGAAGGCUUCAUUGGUGGAUUUUGAUCCAUGUUCUGAUUAUUAUGUGUAUGCUUAUCUGAAUCGACCUGAUGUCCAAGAAGCCAUGCAUGCCAAUGUCACCAAACUCACUUAUGAUUGGGAACCAUGCGGUGCUUUGAACUGGGCUGAUAGUUCCGCUACCGUCAUCCCCUUGCUAAAGGAAUUCAUGGCAAAUGGACUUCGAGUAUGGGUAUUCAGUGGUGAUACAGACGGAAGGGUACCAGUUACAUCUUCCCAGUAUUCAAUAAACAAGAUGAACCUUCCUAUUAAAACCGAAUGGAAUCCUUGGUUCUUCAAUCAAGAGGUUGGUGGAUAUGUACAAGUAUACAAAGGGGACUUGACAUUCGCAACCGUAAGAGGGGCUGGGCAUAUGGUACCAAGCGUCCAGCCUGUGAGAGCACUUUCACUGAUCAGUCACUUCCUUGCUGGCACACCUCUCCCAACCUCCAAGCCAAACCCAAGAGCCUAA